AGGCAGGGAUAGGGUAUGUGGUCGGUGUGAGUGAGAAAUAGCAUGUAUGGGAUGAUGAAUGGGACAAAAGUGGAGCGUGCCCAAGGGCAAGGUCAAGGUCAAGGUCGAUGUGAGUCGGGGCAGAAUGUCGUCACUGUGGUCCUCGGAGCCCAAUGGGGAGAUGAGGGAAAAGGGAAAAUUGUCGACAUGCUCUCCCUUGGUGCCGAUAUAGUGGCCAGGUGUCAGGGAGGGAACAAUGCAGGGCAUACCGUCGUUGCAGAGGGGAAAGACUAUGACUUCCACCUCCUCCCCAGUGGUCUGGUUCACAAGAAUUGCAAGGGUUUGAUAGGCGAGUUUUUAUUUCUUAUCCCUGUGAUGUAUACAAAAAAUCUUGUACUCAUGAGCAUGCUGAAGGCUAGUUUGAAUUUCGCCGAAAAUUGUGGAAUGGAAUGGUUCUCUUGGAAUGGUGUGGUUCUCCAUCUCCCUGGCUUGUUUGAAGAAAUCGAGAAGAAUGAGGCUAUUGGCCUCCAAGACCUCAGAGAACGAUUACUCAUAUCCAACCGCGCUCAUCUUGUUUUCGAUUUCCAUCAGAUGGUGGAUGGAUUUCAAGAAAAGGAGAAAGGGAAGCAAAGUCUUGGCACAACCAAGAAGGGCAUCGGACCCACAUACUCCUCGAAAGCGACUCGGAAUGGCCUUCGAAUAGCAGAUUUGGUUGGGGAAUUUCAGCAUUUUGAAGAAAAACUUCGCAGCUUGGUGAAUCUUCACAAGCGCCUGUAUGCAGACCUUGACAUUGAUGUGGAGACAGAGGUGGAGAAAUAUCGAGUCCUGGCAGAACGGAUCCGUCCAUUUGUGACCGAUUCUGUGUUGUACCUGAACUCUGCCCUGAAAGAAGGGAAGAACAUUCUCAUUGAAGGAGCCAAUGCUGUGAUGCUGGACAUUGACUUUGGCACGUAUCCAUAUGUGACAUCAUCAAACUGCAGCAUUGGAGGAGUCAUUACUGGCUUGGGAAUUCCGCCAAGAAUCAUUGGUGAGGUAUAUGGUGUGGUGAAGGCAUACACCACACGUGUCGGAGAUGGCCCCUUCCCUACUGAGCUCAAAAAUGAUAUUGGUGAGUAUUUGCAAAAGAAGGGAUUUGAAAUAGGUGUGACAACAAAAAGGAAGAGAAGGUGUGGCUGGCUGGAUCUUGUUGUUCUGAAGCACUCUGUUAUGGUCAAUGGAUAUUCAGCGUUAGCUCUAACCAAGUUGGACAUUCUGGAAGAGCUGGAGGGACUGGAAAUUGGCAUACGAUAUCAGCUGGAUGGGGAAGAAGUGAAGUCAUUUCCAGCUGAUUCCACCUUUCUCUCAAGGGUUGAAGUGGAAUACAAAAACCUGCCUGGUUGGAAGUCCCCGAUUGGACAUGUGAGGAGGUUCCAGGAUCUCCCACCUCAGGCACAGGAUUAUGUUCAUGUCAUUGAGGACUUUCUUGGUGUACCAGUGAAGUGGAUUGGAGUUGGGAAAGGCCGAGAUGCCAUAAUUCAAGUAUUCUGAUGAGUAUCUCAGCACUUGCACCUGGAGCAUCACCUGAGUGUGAAAUUUGCCACACCUUGUCCAAUCAUGCCUUUUUGACACAAGAAUUUGUAUGCAAUUCUGAAUGUACACACUACCACAGCCAUUGGAGGGAGAAUUUUUUUUUCCAGUGCUAAAAUUCCAUGAUUUUGGUGUCCUCCUGUAGUGCAGGGUAAAUUGGAAACUUUUUAAAAAAUUAUUAAUGCGAAUAGAAGAAGUGAAUCUCAAGGGAAAAUCUGAAUGAACUGGAGCUUAACUUCUGACUCGAUGCCUUUUUUUUUUUUAGUGCAUCAUGUUCCUUACC